AUGGACCCGAGAGACACUGCCCCUGAUUCCUGGGAACAAGAGGACGAUGUGGAGGCCACAAUCGACCCAGGGCUUGAUUCAGCCUUUAAGAGCCUAAACGUGAACGCUAAACCGUUUGUGCCCAAUAUAAACGCGGCCGAGUUUGUUCCUGCCUUUGCCGUGAUAGCACACCCGGGAGAUCUCGAUUCCGCUGCUGCCGGUGAAAAAGUAUCCAACAUGGAGGUGUCACAGAGCAGUGCUCCUUUGGAGAACGGCGACGCAGAGAUGAGCACAGAGGAGCCGUGGGACCAAAAAGAGCCAGAGCCCAGCGAGGAGGAGCCGGGGGGCCGAGAGCCGGGGGAGGGGGCGCCGGAGGAGGAGGCGGCGCCGGAAACCAUGAUGGAGGAGGAGGAAGAAAUCCCGCUGCCAAAGGUUCCACUGGUCCAGCCGGACGCCCCCAAGAAGGAACAUAUCAAUGUGGUGUUCAUUGGACAUGUAGAUGCUGGAAAGUCUACCAUUGGAGGACAAAUCAUGUAUCUAACGGGCAUGGUAGACAAAAGGACCCUAGAGAAAUACGAAAGAGAAGCAAAGGAGAAGAACAGAGAAACCUGGUAUCUGUCCUGGGCGCUGGACACCAACCAGGAGGAGCGAGACAAAGGCAAGACGGUGGAGGUGGGCCGGGCGUACUUCGAGACGGACAAGAAGCACUUUACCAUCCUGGACGCUCCGGGCCACAAAAGCUUCGUGCCCAACAUGAUCGGAGGAGCCUCGCAAGCAGACCUGGCUGUGCUGGUCAUCUCUGCCCGGAAAGGCGAGUUUGAAACCGGUUUUGAGAAGGGCGGCCAGACCCGGGAGCACGCCAUGCUGGCCAAGACCGCCGGGGUCAAACACCUCAUCGUCCUGGUCAACAAAAUGGACGACCCCACAGUCAACUGGAGCCUGGAGAGAUACGAGGAGUGUAAAGAGAAACUAGUGCCAUUUCUGAAGAAGGUGGGCUUCAACCCGAAGAAAGACAUCCACUUCAUGCCGUGCUCGGGGCUGACGGGCGCCAACCUGAAGGAGCCCACCGACAUGUGCCCCUGGUACACAGGCCUACCGUUCAUUCCACACUUGGACAGUUUGCCACUCUUCAACAGAUCCAGCGACGGCCCCGUCAGGUUGCCCAUCGUAGACAAAUACAAGGACAUGGGCACAGUGAUUCUGGGCAAACUGGAGUCGGGCUCCAUCAGUAAAGCACAGCAGCUUGUCAUGAUGCCAAACAGGCACGUGGUGGAGGUGCUGAGCCUGCUGUCGGACGACGUGGAGACGGACGAUGCCGGGCCCGGGGAGAACCUGAAGCUGCGGCUGAAGGGCAUCGAGGAGGAGGAGAUCCUGCCCGGCUUCAUCCUGUGCACCGCCGAGAGCCUCUGCCACUCGGGACGCACCUUCGACGCCCAGAUCGUCAUCAUAGAACACAAGUCCAUCAUCUGUCCAGGUUACAACGCAGUCCUCCACAUCCACACCUGCAUCGAGGAAGUGCAGAUCACAGCCUUAAUCUGCCUGGUAGACAAGAAGACGGGGGACAAGAGCAAGACGCGGCCCCGCUUCGUCAAGCAGGACCAGGUCUGCAUCGCCCGCCUGCGCACGGCCGGGACCAUCUGCCUGGAGACCUUCAAAGAGUUCCCUCAGAUGGGACGGUUCACCUUACGAGACGAAGGGGGGGGUAAGACCAUCGCCAUCGGCAAGGUUCUGAAGCUGGUCGCUGAGCGGGACUGA